AGAUCGGCGUUCAACACACAGCCUGUUAAAGGUCCCGCGCGCGUCUCAGGUUUCUGUCUUCAGCGGCUCCCCUUAAAAGACUCACAAUGCCGAAGCCUAUCAAUGUCCGCGUCACAACAAUGGACGCCGAGCUGGAAUUUGCAAUCCAGUCGGUUACAACAGGAAAACAACUUUUUGAACAGGUGGUUAAGACGGUGGGUUUGCGUGAGAUCUGGUACUUCGGUUUGCAGUUCACAGACAACAAAGGCUUUCUGACAUGGCUGAAACUGGACAAGAAGGUGUCCUCUCAAGAGGUGAAACAGGAGAACCCUCUGCAGUUUAAGUUUCGGGCCAAGCACUACCCUGAGGACGUGUCAGAGGAACUGAUUCAGGACAUCACAAAAAAGCUUUUCUUCCUGCAAGUGAAGGAAAGCAUCUUGAGCGAUGAGAUCUACUGUCCGCCAGAGACAGCGGUGCUGCUGGCCUCGUAUGCUGUCCAGUCCAAGUUUGGAGACUUUACACCUGAAACCCACAAAACAGGAUACCUGUCAUCUGAGCGGCUCCUGCCACAGAGAGUACUUGACCAGCACAAACUCUCGAAAGAGCAGUGGGAGGAGAGGAUUCAGAUUUGGCACGAAGAACACAGAGGGAUCCUCAAGGAAGACAGCAUGCUGGAGUAUCUGAAGAUCUCGCAGGACCUAGAGAUGUACGGCGUCAACUAUUUCGACAUUAAGAACAAGAAGGGAACAGACCUGUGGUUAGGAGUGGACGCUUUGGGGCUGAAUAUCUAUGAAAAAGAUGAUAGGUUGACUCCGAAAAUUGGAUUUCCCUGGAGUGAAAUAAGAAACAUCUCGUUCAAUGACAAGAAGUUCAUAAUCAAACCCAUUGACAAAAAGGCUCCGGACUUUGUGUUCUACGCCUCUCGCCUGCGCAUUAACAAGCGUAUCCUGCAGCUGUGCAUGGGAAACCAUGAACUUUACAUGAAGCGCAGGAAACCUGACACUAUUGAAGUGCAGCAGAUGAAGGCCCAGGCCAGAGAGGAGAAACACCAAAGGCAGAUGGAGAGAGCCCAAUUAGAGAAUGAGAAGAAGAAAAGGGAGGCAAUAGAGAAAGAAAAGGAGAUGGUGGAGAAAGAGAAGCAGGAGAUGAUGAUGAAGCUUUACCAGUUUGAAGAGCAGACCAAAAAGGUUGAGAGAGACCUGCGAGAGCAGUUUGAGAGGGCGCGGGUCUUGGAGGAGGAGAGGAGGAAGGUGGAGGAGGAAGCGGCCCGUCUGGAGGCUGAGAGACAGGCAGCUCUGAUGGCUAAAGAGGAGCUUGCCAGGCAGGCUGAGGAUCAGAUGAAAACUCAGGAGCAGCUGGCAGCAGAUCUGGCUGAAUACACAGCGAAGCUUGCCUUGCUGGAAGAAGCCAGGAGAAUUAAAGAAGAGGAGGCCAACGAAUGGCAGAACAGGGCUAAAGAGGUGCAGGAUGAUCUGGAAAAGACCCGUGAGGAGCUGCACAAUGUGAUGGCGUCUCCUGUGGCCGCUGCGCCCAUGGCUGCGUCCAUGGCUGCACCCAUGGCGGCCCGGGCCAUGAUGGAGGAACCGCUGGAGAACGACCAUGAGGAUCACGAAGAGAACAACAGCACCUACAGCGCCGAGCUGCCUGUGGAGGGAAUCGAGGACCACCGUAACGAGGAGGAGCGGAUCACAGAGGCUGAGAAGAACGAGCGCGUGCAGAAACAGCUCAUGGCUCUGAGCUCUGAGCUGGCUGAGGCCCGAGACAACACCAAGAAGACCCAGAACGACAUCCUGCACAGUGAAAACGUACAGGCCGGGAGGGACAAGUACAAGACGCUCCGCCAGAUCCGCAUGGGCAACACCAAGCAGAGAAUAGAUGAGUUUGAAGCCUUGUAAUGCCUGAUAAAUGCCCCAAUAAACCUCAAGCACCGGCAGCAACCCGCUGUCCAAGGGGGGAGUUUAUCUAAUUGCCACACAUGGUCCCGCUUUGUAUUUGCCACUGAAAUGACUGGAUUAUUUACACAGUCUGUAAACACGACACCUUUUUUAACAUACAUGGGAAGCGUACUUUGCUGAAAUGAUGUGCUUGUUGUUAAAGAACACUCUUGACAUCCUAUUUAUGCUAAUUGUGCCAAAGAUUUUGGCUUGAGAAAUCUUGUCAUCUUUUAUGGGAGUGUUUAAAAUGUGUCUACCUUUUUAAAGGGACAGUUCAGCCUAAACUGAAUAUUCCGUCAUCGUUUAGUCACCCAUUACAAAUGUAUAUGAUUAUUUUUAGUUGUUGUCGUUGAUUACGAAGUAGUUCAAUUAGUUCUUCCAAAUAUUUUCUUUUGUGAUUUUUUUGUUUUUGUUGAAUACAAAAGAAGUUAUUUGAAAAAUGCUGAAAAUCUAGAACCAUUGACUGCCAUAGUAUUUGUUUUUUUCCUACCAUGGAAGUCAAUGUGGCGGUUCAUUCCUCGGUUCAUUUUUCUGAAAUAGAGACUAAGCCAAAGGAAAAUGAUAGAAUGAAUUAAUUAAUGAAUGUGUCAAUGGUUACCGGUUUCCAACAUUCUUCAAAAUAUCUUCUUUUGUGUUGAACAAAAUAAGUUUUUGGUUGUAAAAUACAAAAGAAGCUCUUUUGAAAAAUGCUAAAAACAUGUAACCAUCAGCUUCCAUAGUAUUUGUUUUGUCCUUUUAUGUAAGUCAAUGGUUACUGGUUUCCAACAUUCUUCAAAAUAUCCUCUUUUGCAUUUAACAAAAGAAGUUUUUUGUUGUAGAAUAUUAAAGAAGUUAUUUUGAAAACUGCUAAAAACCUGUAAGUAUUGACUUCCAUAGUAUUUGUUUUUUUUCCAACUAUGUAAAUCAAUGUGGCGAUUCAUUCCGCUGUGGCGACCUCUGAAAUAGAGACUAAAGCGGGUUACAUACUGGAUGUGCCGCUCGGCGGCGCAACAGGGUGUGCACAUGACAGUUAGAAGUAUCACACACCAGACGCGCACAUUCGGAUGUUAUUUAAAAUAAAAGUAUUUAGAUGACGCUCUGUGGCGUGGCAGAAACAAGUGUCCUGAGUCGUGGCUGAGCAGGUGUGUACCCUGAUAGAAACUUGUUUAAAAUUAAAAUGCAUGGCGUUGCGUGGCGCCGCCGAGUGGUGAUUCUGGUGUGUGACCCCCUUAAGC